AUGGUCGACUCAAAUGCAGCAUAUCAACGAAGCAGCAUGUUCUAUUGGAGUCAUCAGAUCGAACUGAACAAUAGAAGAUCUGCGAGCAUUGAGGAUGUAUAUGACCGAUUGGGCGAGAACACUGCCAAAUGUGGUACGGUCGCAGAAUUCCGAGACCAUUUAAGAACUUUGGCAAGUUUGCACAACAGGCUGUACAAUUUCAAUCGAUCGUAUCGUCACCGAGAGAAACGUGCUUUAGUCGAGAGACAGCGGCAAAUGACCAUGCACAAAAUGGCCGAUAGUUUGUUAGGAGACCCAGCAGAAAAGAAUUUGCAAAAACCAUUGUGGGUCUACAAGCAGUCCAGACGAUACCGCAAGCGAGGACGACAGAGAGCCCGUCGCGGGCGGGAGAGGCCCCAAGGUGCGGCUGUAGUUGCAUUUAGCGAUGCCGAUUUGCAUUCAUUGAAAGGCAAUCCGCCAGUUCCCGUCAAGAAAUUCCGACAAGUUCUUCUCUUGUGCUCUGUGUAGAUGAGUAUAAGACGAGUAAAAUUUGUAGCAGUUGUGAUACCGCGACGAUCGAAGUCCGAGACAACAAUCAGCUGCUAGAAAAAAGAAGAAACGAGUGCGAGAAAUUGACAAUAUGUCUUGACGAAAACAACGACAUCAUUGGAUACAGCUCUGACUGUGGAGCGAGACGACCCGGUAAGCAGCAUUAUCCACCGCUUUAACGUACAUAUCUGACAGUGAAGUUUAAGGUCAAGGGUAUUUGAGCAUUGUUUAUCCGGUACGAAUGUGGCCCCAUUAGGUUUCUGAAAACUAUGUUUCCAAGCCCUUGGUAAGGAGGAAC